AUGGCUGAAACAAAUCCCCCAGCACAGCCUGCCGCCGCAGCAGCAGCAGCACCUGCAACACCGGCACCACCCAAGCCCGCCGCCGCCCCUAAACCUCAGAAUCCCGCACUCCGAAUGCUCGGCCUGCCCAACCUCCCUCGCAAGCUGCCCUCGCGCAACUGGCUCAUCUUCUGGGCAAUCACCGGCUCCUUCACCGCCGCCAUAGUCUAUGACAAGCGCGAGAAGAACCGCGCCACAGCCAAAUGGCGCCACGCUGUCGAACACCUCGCCAAGGAGCCCAUCGGCAACCCCAACGCCCUGCCUCGCAAACUCACCAUCUUCCUCGAGGCCCCUCCCGGCGAUGGCCUCCGCUCAGCACAAGAUCACUUCAUCGAGUACGCCAAGCCGGUGCUUGCUGCCUCUGGUCUGGACUGGGAGUUUGUCCAGGGCCGCCAGCAGGGUGAUGUCCGCGCCGCAGUCGCCGAGAAGAUUCGCCGCACAAGAAAGAAACAGGAGCGUCCCAACGAGACGCUUGCCGAGACCGACGAGACGAUCGUAGAGCGCCUGCGAGAACGCAUGGGCGUGGAAGACUAUGUCGGCACCAGAGGCGACAUUGUAAUUGGCCGCCAUACAUGGAAGGAGUACAUCCGUGGCAUGCACGAGGGCUGGCUGGGCCCUCUGGAUCCCCCUGUCGUCCCUGAACCUGAAAAGAUCGAGCCAACACCCGCUGCAACAGAAGCGCCCGCCGAAGGCGCCGCCGCCGAGGAGAAGAAGGAGGAAAAGAAGGAAGACGACAAGCCCAAGCGCCCUCCUCAACCGCAGCCCUACAACACCCCCGACUCCUACGCCGAGGCCGCGCUCCCAGCCACCAUCCCCGUGGAAUUCGCCCCCUCUACUGUCCUCGCAUUCCCUCACCGCAUCGGCUUCAAGCACACAUUCACCCGCUUCGGAUGGUUCAUGACGCGCCGCAAGCUAGCCGACGAGAUUGGCCGUGACGUUGCCGCCGUCUGCUUCGCCGCGUCGCGCGGUUGGCGCGAGACUGACGGCCGUUACGAGCAAGAGGGUGUCCUAGAGAAGGACGAGGUUGGCUGGCCCAAGUCGGUCUUCACAGAGGAAGAGGAGCGCAAGGCCCCUCCCAAGGAAGGUGAAGAGCCUAAGCCGCCCAAGGAGUUCAUCUGGGCGUCGCCCAUGCGCAUGGAUGCCCGCAUCGUCGAGCGCAUGCGCCGCUUCGAACUUCUUCCUGAAGAUGAAGCCCGCGCCGCUCAGAUUGUCGUCCCUGAAAAGGAAGUCGAGGGCUGGAUCAAGGGCAGCCUGCGCAGCUUGGUCAACUGGGGCGUUGACUCGUGGAACCAAAAGCCGUGGGCACCCAACGUUGGCGACGUUAAUGACUCUUAA